AUGGCACCUCAUGAAUUCUACAACAAUCCUUCUGUGCUUUUCCUAUGCAUGUUUUCUCUACUGGCAAUCACAGCUAGUGCAGAUUCAAGUUGGAAUAGUUUAAGUCAUGAGUAUUCACACCAAGAGCCAGCAGAUUGGCUAAACCAUGGAGGAGAUUUGUACAACAGAAGAUACGCCAGCAGUGAGACCAAGAUCAGCCCAGAAACUGUUUCCAAGCUAAGUUUGAAGUGGGAAUUCUACGCAGGGCAAGACAUAACUGCUACACCAGCAAUCUUCAAUGGUACCCUUUAUUUCCCAAGCUGGAAUGGGUACCUCUAUGCAGUUAAAGCAACAGAUGGAUCUCUUGUAUGGAAGCAGAACCUACAGACGUUAACUGGCCUUAAUGGAACCGGUUUGAUUGUUAAUGUCAACUGGACAGUGUCAAGAUCAACUCCAACAAUGGCUGAUGACAUGCUCAUCGUUGGAAUCUAUGGUCCUGCUGUUGUCAUUGCCGUUGAGCAAGCAACAGGAAGGCUUGUAUGGUCUACUAGGCUGGAUAGCAAUCCUACAGGUAUUGUUACCAUGUCUGGAACAUUUCACAAGGGAGGUUUCUAUGUUGGAACAUCCUCAGUAGAAGAAGAACUCAGCAUUGAGCAAUGCUGUGUCUUCCGUGGUAGCCUCUCUAAAUUAGACAUCAAAACGGGUGUCAUACUGUGGCAGACCUUCACUUUGCCAGAUAAUCAUGGCAAGAGAGGAGAGUAUGCUGGAGCGGCUAUCUGGGGAAGUAGCCCUUCCAUGGAUGUCCGGAGAAAUCUUGAACAGCAGAAUAAUCAAACUGCCCCCACUCAAACUGACCAAUGCAUUGAGCCCGAUAACCACUCCAAUUCAAUCUUAGCAUUUGAUUUAGACUCUGGCAAGAUCAAGUGGUACAGGCAACUAGGAGGCUAUGAUUUGUGGUUCUUUGCAUGUAACAAUCUUUCAACCCCUAAUUGCCCACCUGGCCCUAACCCAGAUGCUGAUUUCGGGGAGGCACCAAUUAUGCUGAGCAUAAAUCUAAAUGGAACCAAGCGGGAUGUUGUUUCUGCGGUUCAGAAAAGUGGGUUUGCAUGGGCUCUAGACCGUUAUAAUGGUAGCCUUGUCUGGUCCACUGAGGCAGGACCUGGAGGCCUUACUGGAGGAGGCACAUGGGGAGCAGCUACUGACAACAAAAGAGUCUACACCAACAUUGCCAAUAGUGACAGUAAGAACUUCACUCUCAAACCAUCUGAGAAAAACACAACUGCCGGUGGAUGGGUGGCAAUGGAUGCCAGCACAGGCAAAAUACUAUGGUCCACAGCUGAUCCUAGCAAUGCCACCUCCAAUGGUCCUGUGACCAUUGCUAAUGGUGUCCUCUUUGGUGGAUCAACACAUCCAACAGGACCAAUAUAUGCCAUGGAUGCCAGGUCUGGGAAAAUCCUAUGGUCACACAACACUGGAGCCACUGUGUAUGGGGGCAUCUCAGCGAGUAAUGGAUGCAUCUAUCUCGGGAAUGGAUAUAAGGUCAAUCUUGGAUCCUUUACUGCAUCCUUUACCAAUGGAACCUCACUUUUUGCCUUCUGUGUCUAA